CCCCGCUCAGCUCGCCUCAUUGUUAGCCGCUCACCGCACCGCCAGUCCGCCACCUGGUACUGGUAGUGGUGUAAACAGUAAACAGUACGGUGCCCUGCUGGUGUCCACCUCCACGCUCCACCCUUCACCUGUCCCUUCCUCAACAAGUGUGGACAAGACGAGUAGCAGUGGUGUAGCCUGUGAUUGCCGCGCAGGAAGUGGUAAGGUGUGAGUCAGCAGCAGCGGGCCAGCGGCACGUCAGCCUAGGACAUCAUCGCAGCCCUCCACAGGCGAAGCACCAACACUCACUCACCGAGGAGUCUCACGGGAACACUGCCACUGCCAACCAGCCCACCCCAGCCAUCGUCCAGUCUGCCGCUACCACCGCCAUCCCUGCCUGCCACCCACCGACAGCUGCCUUGGUGUCUGCCCUCCACGAGGCUCCCUGCAGGACUGGCCAUGGCGUGUGCUGGUGACAGUGGUGUGGGAGUGGUGGAAGUCGUGGGGCCAAGCAGUAGCAUGGGUGGACAGUGGCAGCAGCAGCAGCUCCACCACCAGUCAGCCUCAGGUGUGGGGAGGCACAGGCGUGGUGGCAAGGGUCACCAGGAGACAGACAGCUCUAGCUCUGGCCACACAGGACAGAGCAGGCUUGAGUGCCAGCAGUGUGACAAAACUUUUACCACCAAACAAGGCCUCACCACACACAUCCUGAUACACAGUGGUGUUAAGAAUUAUGAGUGUGGUGACUGUGGGAAGAAAUUUAGCCUUAAGUCUACCCUCACCACACACAGCCUGACACACAGUGGUGUUAGGAAUUAUGAGUGUGGUGAGUGUGGUAAGAAAUUUAGCCAAAAGGGUAACCUCAUGACACACAGCCUGACUCACAGUGGUGUUAAGAAUUAUGAGUGUGGUGAGUGUGGGAAGAAAUUUUGCAGAAAGUCUUCCCUCACCACACACAGCCUGACACACAGUGGUGUUAGGAAUUAUGAGUGUGGUGAGUGUGGAAAGAAAUUUGCCCAAAAACACACUGGGUUGAGGGAGUUCAAGUGUGAUGACUGUGGCAAGUAUUUCAAGACAAAGGCUGAUAUUGCCAGACACGUGAAGGUCCACUUUUGA